UAAAGGUCACACCACACUUUGGCUCCAGGAACUCACACGCUCAGUCAACCCAAAUCCAUUUGCUUAAUUUCUCUUAUGUUUUCUCAUAAUUCUCAUGGCCUCAUCACCAUCUUCUUCUUCUCUAAAGUUUACAGUGCGAAGGUGCCAACCUCAGCUUGUGCCUCCUGCUAUUCCCACUCCUCAUGAAUUUAAGCCACUUUCCGACAUUGAUGAUCAAGAAGCCCUUCGUAUCCACGUUCCGAUGAUACAAAUUUAUCGAAAGCAAGCAUCAAUGGCAGAGAAAGACCCAGUUCAAGUCAUUCGCCAAGCACUGUCACAGACACUUGUCUUCUAUUACCCAUUUGCGGGUAGGCUUAGAGAGGGGUCUCACCGCAAAUUGAUGGUGGAUUGCACUGGAGAAGGUGCCAUGUUCAUUGAGGCUGAUGCAGACGUCACGCUUGAUCAGUUCGGCGAUUCUCUUUACCCUCCAUUCCCAUGCUUCCAUGAACUUCUAUACGAAGAAGUGGAUUUUGGUUGGGGUGACGCUGUGUACGGUGGAGUAGCCAAAGCUGGGGUUGGGAGGUUCUUAGGAGUUUCGUAUUUCUGUUCUGCUAAGAAUGGAAAAGGAGAAGAAGGUAUAAUAUUUCCGAUUUGCUUACCUGUUGAAGCUAUGGAGAGGUUUGCUGAAGAGUUUAACCUCAUGCUAGGCAACAAAAACCAACCUGAAACCAGUUCUGCUACUUUCAUAAAGUCUACCCUGUAG